UGUCAUUGGCGGGGGAGCCUACAUUCGCGCUGGGGUCCUUGUGAUGGCGUCCUGGAUCGCUCUAGGGCGUCGAAUUUCAUUAGCUCCACCAGCACUUUGUUCUAUCUAUUUUUCGCUUCGUCGCAUCAGCACCCAUCCUUUAGGACCCUGCUACCGGAUUAGGGGAUGGCCCGUCCAUUUCAUUAUCGGCUGGAUGGGGGUUUAUCUGAAGAAUGUAUUUGGUAAACGAGCAAAAGUGAGCAAAUUUCCAACUCCUAAGCUUUGUCCAGGGAAAUUAUCUAUGGUGGGGACUAUGUUUAGGAUUCCACACGAUUUUAGCCCUGAAAAGGCGCACGAUUUCUUCGAGAAACACAAGAGUAUUGUGUGGUACCCCUCAAAUUUCUCUGACUUGGCUAGCACUCGUUGGCUACAAAAAGCAUUCACCAUUUCCAUCCGUCGAGGGAUGCUACCGUGGAGAAGGUCCGAUUAUGAUGACGACUUGUGCAUUUCCAUCCGACUUAAGAGGUUACCACUUGGAUAACAAUGCCCCGCCACCUUUGUUGCAACAGAAGCAGAAAAAUAAUCCAAAUGAUGUUGCUGCAAGUUCCUCUUCCAAUCCCCGGCCACUUAUAAACGUGACAGUAUCAGGCACACGUUUAAAUGCAAGGAAGGAGGGUACUGACAUUUUGGUUGAUAGGAACUCAGAGGAACCUAGUCCAAAUGCAACAAUCUCUUCCGGUGGGGAGGAAAGACCUGCUGUAAAAAGAAAGAUUGAAAUUUCUCUUGGAGAAAGCCAAUGUAAUCUUGACGAGUUGGUUGAUUUUAUGCAUGAACUUGAUGAUACAGGGACUGAUGAUAAUGUCAUAGGUUCUGAUCUAUCGUUUGAGGAUUUUGAUAUAUUAGAACCCUCUCUUAAUCUUCCAACUCCCCCUACGUAUCUAUACUCAGGCGUGGCCUCGCAGGCUGAUAUUUCAAACAUUUCGCCUAUCUCCACGCACGGUGAUACGGAAGGAGCUUCUAAUCUCGUCAGUGGCGAGGGAAUAAUGACACAGAUUUCAGCGCCAUCCAUGGAUAUUUCCGCUAUUACCAAGCCAGUUCUGGAUGCUAUCGAUUUGUUGCUGCAGAAUGCUUUUGAAGCUUUAGAUGCCCCUACAUUAACAGAUUCUCAGUGCCAUGAGAUUUUCCAGGCAGUUCAGUCGAUGCUCCCGGUUGGUGAUAUUGUUCCUCAAAUUGCCCCUGUCCACGCGGCUUAG